AUGGAGCGGGACGACGCCGACGCCGUGAGCCCGUCCAAGAAGACGAUCAUCGCCAAGAUCUUCAAAGUUCGCAAGAGGCGGGAGAUGCUGUUCGUCCAGGUGUGCUUCAUCUGCAGCGUCCUCUUCGUGGCGUGGGGCAUGUCGGCGAUCUUGACCAAGACAGGGCAUGGAAUGAUUGUAGAGGGGCAUCCAAACCUGGAACACUGGGGGAGACGGCUAAUGGCUUCAGCCAUGGAAAAUGACACAGAACCAAAGAAUUGCUCCGAACCAGCGAUACACGAGUUCCCGGAUGACUUUUUCACCAACGACGAAAGAAAGAGUGGCGCCGUUCUGCUACACAUUGUGGCGACUCUCUACAUGUUCUUGGCUCUGGCUAUAACGUGUGACGAAUACUUUGUGACAGCGCUGGAAAAGAUUUGCGAGAAACUAGAUCUGAGUGAAGAUGUUGCCGGAGCCACCUUCAUGGCAGCUGGCAGUUCUGCUCCAGAGCUUUUUGCUUCUGUCAUUGGUGUCUUUAUCACCCAUGGCGACGUGGGGGUGGGGACCAUCGUCGGCUCGGCGGUCUUCAACAUCCUAUGCAUCAUCGGGGUCUGCGGGAUCUUUGCGGGACAGGUAGUGAUGCUGACAUGGUGGGCGGUAUUCAGGGACUCCUUCUACUACACCCUGUCUGUCAUAGCUCUGAUUGCAUUCAUCUAUGAUGAGAAGAUAGUUUGGUGGGAGAGUUUAGUGCUGGUUCUUAUGUAUGCAGGAUACAUCCUUAUAAUGAAAUUCAACUCCAGCAUGCAGAAGUUCUUCAUGGGGAAGUCUAGCAAAAAUGUGGCCAAUGGUAACGCGGCAGCCAGCAGUGAGAUGGAGGAUGGUAAUGCUUGUUAUGACUAUCUUUGGGAUGACGACCCGUCAUCGCCUUUGCUCUCAGGAGUCAAGCCCAGUAAGGCUUACAGCCGUGGCUCAGUGGUGAUGGUGGAUGAGAUCAUGAACGACAGCCCUUCAAAGUUCAGGUUUCCAGAGGCCGGUCUCCGAGUAAUGGUCACCAGCCACUUUGGACCCAAAACCCGUCUACGCAUGGCCAGUCGUCUCAUCAUCACAGAGCGUCAGAAGUUGGUACAAGCUGCUAAUGGGGUGGAGACACAAGUCAUUGAUGGAAAGGUUGAAAUCGAAAAUGGAAAUGUGCCUGAGGACAAACCCACUGAAGCGGAGGAAAAUGUAACCAUCUCACCUUUUCAUGUUCCCAAUGGUAUUGGCAGCAAGCUGAAGUGGUUGUUGUCGUGGCCUCUGCUCCUGUUGCUGUACCUGACCGUUCCAAACUGUGCCAAGCCUCGUUGGGAGAAAUACUUCAUGGCCUCAUUUUUCUUGUCUACCGUCUGGAUAGCAGUCUUUUCCUACUUCAUGGUCUGGAUGGUUACUAUAAUUGGUUACACUCUGGGAAUCCCAGAUGUCAUUAUGGGCAUCACGUUCCUAGCAGCAGGCACAAGUGUUCCAGACUGCAUAGCCAGCCUCAUUGUUGCUCGGCAAGGUCUGGGUGACAUGGCAGUAUCGAAUACCAUUGGCAGUAACGUGUUUGACAUUCUCGUGGGACUUGGCGUUCCCUGGGCAAUACAGACCAUGUGUGUCAGCUAUGGAUCAGAGGUGAUGAUAAACAGUCGGGGGUUGGUGUACUCGGUGGUGCUUCUGCUGGGCUCUGUGGCACUCACAGUGCUGGGGAUCCACUUGAACAAGUGGCGGCUGGACUUCAAGCUGGGGGUGUAUGUCAUUGUCCUUUACGCAGUUUUCCUCUGCUUCUCCAUCAUGAUAGAAUACAAUGUCUUCACUUUUGUCAACUUGCCCAUGUGCAUGGAGGACUAG